UUAAAGGUCACUGGUUUGUGUUGCCAUGCUUAAUUUAGUGAAGUUUUCAAUUACAAAUAGUCAGUUACAUAAGAGAAAAAUGUCAGUGCAAGUGCUUAAAGAAAUAUUCUUGAAAUCAGUGGAUUCAGUACAACCUCAAAACCUUAUCACGAAACAAGUGAGUGUCAACUCGGGCCAUCUAACGGUUUGUGGUCGAACUUAUCCGUUACACAAACCUUGCUAUUUGGUAGGAUUCGGCAAAGCUGUGUUAGGCAUGGCUUUAGAACUUGAGAAAAUUCUGAAGGACAACCUAAAGAUGGGAGUAGUGACAGUACCAAAGGGAAUAUUUAAAAAUUUUGAAAUCCAUUCCAAGAUUAAAUUUAUCGAAGGAGCCCCGAAUAAUAUUCCUGAUGAGGAAGCUUUGUGUGGAGCUUUAGAGAUUAAAGCUCUUGUGGAAAGUUUAGGACAGGACGAGUUGGUGUUAGUGCUGAUGUCUGGUGGUGGGUCCGCUUUGCUACCAUUACCCAAACCCCCAAUUASAUUGAAGGAGAAGCAGAAUUUGAUUAAGGAAUUAUCGACUCGGGGAGCGGAUAUUUUAGAACUUAAUUGUGUCCGCAAGCAAAUAUCUGUGCUAAAAGGCGGAGGAUUGGCCGAGUUGGCUUUUCCUUCCCGAGUUAUCUCGUUGAUUCUAUCUGACGUUGUUGGAGACCCUUUGGAUUUUAUCGCCAGCGGUCCGACUACACCCAAUUGUGAUAAUGGCGAUGCCGCCAUCGCAAUCAUCAACAAAUACAAUUGUUACGAGGGCCUUUCAGGCGCGAUGCAAGGUGUUCUAGUCCAGAAAAGAGAAAAUCGCGGUUGUUUUCCGCCAAUUAGAGAUGGAAAAUACGAGCACGUCGACAACUUCAUAAUAGGAAACAAUCAAAUCGCGGCGGAAGCGGCACGCCAACACGCAGCUUCUUUCGGUUUUCAAUCAACAAUAAUAUCAACCUCGGUUACAGGCAAUGUGGGGAUGAUAAGUCAAAUUUAUGCCGAUUUGGCACGCACCAUUUGCAAUUCAUCGAGUAAACAAACAGUGAAAGAUUUCCUACAGUCCUUUGAUUUUAGCAAAGAGGUUUGUGUAAUAGCCGCCGGUGAGCCGACUGUUGUGGUCAAUGGCAGUGGAAAAGGAGGACGCAACCAACAAUUAGCUUUAGAGCUUUCGGUUCGACUUAAUAAGCUUAACAUAAAAUCGGCGGAUAUUUCAUUUCUCAGUGCGGGAACAGAUGGAAUAGACGGCCCAACUGACGCUGCUGGAGCAAUUGGAACUUCGGAUUUAGUUAAUAAUAGUCUCAAGGAGAACAUUAAACCAGAAGAUUAUUUAAACAAUAACGAUUCUUACACGUUUUAUUCCAAAUACAUGCGAGGAGAACAUCUUAUCAAAAUUGGACACACGGGCACCAACGUUAUGGACAUACACGUAAUGCUCAUAAAACCGAAGCAAAAGUGAAUGUUAAAAGGAAGCGAGCGAUCUGGAUGAAUGCUUGAACAGUUCAAAUCCUAAAACUUAUUUUUAAUAUCUCUUCGACUUGGUGGUUUCAAUAAAAAUUGGGCGCUCUGAAUAUUGAUCUYUCYUUGCUCCUAACAAUUUAUUUCUUAUUUUUUCCUUAUUUUUUUUAACUAAAACUUGAAAUGAUUUUUUCGUUAAUUUAUUAUGAGAUUUUCUUAAAUAUUUUUAUGUUAAAAGA